AUGUCCCCCGGGGGCAAGUUCGACUUUGAUGAUGGCGGCUGCUAUGUGGGGGGCUGGGAGGCUGGAAGAGCACAUGGCUAUGGCGUGUGCACAGGGCCCGGGGCCCAGGGAGAGUACAGUGGCUGCUGGGCUCAUGGCUUCGAAUCCCUGGGCGUCUUCACUGGGCCCGGUGGGCACAGCUACCAAGGCCACUGGCAGCAGGGCAAGCGCGACGGGCUGGGCGUGGAGCGGAAGAGCCGCUGGACCUAUCGUGGCGAGUGGAUGGGUGGGCUGAAGGGGCCCAGUGGUGUCUGGGAGAGUGCCUCCGGACUGCGCUACGCUGGGCUCUGGAAGGACGGUUUCCAGGACGGCUAUGGCACGGAGACCUACUCUGAUGGAGGCACCUAUCAGGGCCAAUGGCAGGCUGGCAAGCGCCACGGUUAUGGGGUUCGCCAGAGCGUACCCUUCCAACAAGCGGCAUUGCUGCGCUCACCUCGACGCACCUCACUGGACUCGGGCCACAGUGACCCCCCAACGCCGCCCAUACCUCUUCCCCUACCUGGCGAUGAAGGGGGCAGCCCAGCCUCUGGCUCCAGGGGAGGGUUUGUGCUGGCAGGCCCGGGGGACCCAGACACGGCCUCCUCACGAAAACGGACUCCGGUAGCCGGGGGCUUCUUCCGACGUUCGCUGUUGUUAAGCGGGCUUCGGGCAGGCGGGCGUAGGAGCUCCCUGGGCAGCAAGCGGGGGUCUCUGAGAAGUGAGGUGAGCAGCGAGGUGGGCAGCACAGGGCCUCCCGGCUCUGAAGCCAGCGAACCUCCAGCCCCGGUACCUCCGGCACUUAUUGAGGGCUCUGCCACUGAAGUGUAUGCAGGGGAGUGGAGGGCCGACAGGCGCAGCGGCUACGGAGUGAGCCAGCGCUCCAAUGGGCUGCGCUAUGAGGGCGAGUGGCUGGGCAACCGGAGGCACGGCUAUGGCCGCACCACCCGCCCUGAUGGCUCUCGAGAGGAGGGCAAGUACAAACGCAACCGCUUGGUUCGAGGUGGACGGGUCCGUAGCCUCCUACCCCUGGCCCUGAGGCGGGGUAAGGUCAAGGAGAAGGUGGACCGGGCUGUAGAAGGUGCCCGGAGAGCAGUGAGUGUGGCCCGCCAGCGCCAGGAGAUCGCUGCUGCCAGGGCAGCAGAUGCUCUCCUGAAGUCAGUGGCAGCAAGCAACACAGCAGAGAAAGCUGUGGAGGCAGCUCGAAUGGCCAAACUCAUGGCCCAGGAUCUGCAACCCAUGUUGGAGGCACCAGGCCGAAGACCUAGGCAGGACUCUGAAGGCACUGACACUGAGCUGCCCGACUGCGACAGCCCUGGAGUUUAUGAGAAUGGACUGACCCCUUCUGAGGGUACUCCAGAACCUCCCAGCAGCCCUGCAUCGCCCUGCCAGCCCUGGAGACACCCUACCCACCGCAAUCCUUUGCCUUCUCGGGAUGAUGUCGGCCACCUCUCUAUCCCCAAAUCUUGGCCUGAAGAGUGGGGAGGCCCAGGUGGACCUGCAGAGGAGCUAGCUGGUUAUGAGGCUGAGGAUGAGGCAGGGGUGCAAGGGCCAAGGGUUAGCAAUGGUUCUCCCCUCCUUGGGGGCUCCAGUGACAGCUCAGGAAGCCUUCGAGAAGAAGAGGGAGAGGAUGAGGAGUCUUUGCCCCACUCAGAGCCCACCCUAGACCCAGGGCUUGAGCCCACAGUCACCCCUAUACUGAGGGGUGCAUCUGGAAGGGCUCUGGAAGCAGGCAACCUGACAGAGGCACUAGAGGAGCCUGGUGCCACCGAAGAACCUGCCCAACGGGUAAGAUAUUCUCUUUACCCCAGACCUUCAGCCUCCACCCCAACCAAUGCUUCCUAUUCUUCCCUUUGCAUCUCAAAUCUCUUGUUCCUCUUCUCUCUAACCUUGGUGACCCCUCCAGUCAACCUUAGCUUCUCAAUUUAUUAUCAUUUUAAUCUCCCAGUUUUUCAAUAUCUUCAUUUGUAAAAUGUUUGCUGUGGAAAGGUUUGAACUAGACAAGAAGGUUAAGAUCCCUCCCAGAGUUUAGGUUCUCUUCUUUGAAAGUGGAGAAGAGUCAAGUGACUUGCCCAAGGUAACACAGUGAGUUCUUAGAGUUUUCCAAACUCUUCAUCCCUCCUCUAUUUUGUCAUCCUUCCUGAUACUUCCUCUAAUUUGCUCUCCCAGAAAUAACUUUCCUCCCUGCCAUGGUUCCUCUUCCUCCCUAGAAAGAAACAAGAGAGAAGGAAGCAGAAGGUUUUUCCUACAUGUCCUAAAUGAGUGGACUCCUAGAACCACAUCUUCUCUCCUUUCUGUAUUUGACUUCCAUAGUUCAUCACAUCUACUGCCUGCCACUAUGGUCAGACCCUACUGAGACCUGGCAAGGAGCUAAGGAGAGUCAAUAGACAGCACUAUAUGCCAGGCACUGUGUUAAGCACUAGGGAACAAGUACAAUAAGAGAAAGGCAGUCCUUGCCCUAAAGGAGUUUACAAUCUAAUGGGCAAGAUAAAGCACAAAAGGACCCCUGAAAAAGGUAGGGGAGGAGCUGGGACCCAACUGGGAGGAGGCCCAACACAGUGAAGUCAUGUGAGAAGUAAGAGAUUCUUUAGCAGAAGUUUGGAGUCCAGAGCCCCAGCCAGACGGGCAAAAGGUAAUAAUGAGGUGGAGUACCAAGAUCCUACAGGGUGAUGAGGUGAGCCCAGUAAUCAGCUUCCUGGGGGCACAGUGGGGGAAGUUAUGAAGUAGUUCAGUCAGGUGAGAAAUGGGGAGAGGGGAGCAUUGGGCUGCAAAAGUUGCUGGAGAAGAGCUCUGUGGCCUAGUAAAGGGAGGAAGGCUAUUACUGUUCAGAGCCUAGAGUCAGCGCCUCCCAUAGUUCUACCCACAGGGCUUAGGCAACUUAGUUUUGCCCUCAUUGAACUAAGACCCAUGAUGCUAACUGACUCAGUCCCCAUCAGACAUCAUCGUCUCGGAGGAAAGUGACCCUUGUUGUUUUCCUUUUCCAGGGAGCUCCUAACCCUUUGGUGGUGGGAGCUGUGGCACUACUGGACCUGAGCCUGGCGUUCCUGUUCUCCCAGCUCCUCACCUGAGGUCUCUCCCUAGUCUGUGGCUCUGGUUCCCACCUUCUCUUCCCUUUGGACCUGCCUUUUUCUCUCUGUCCCAUCUUCUAGCUUCCUUUCUCUGCCUUUCUCUUUUGUCCGUUCCUUUUCUUUUCCCAUUUAUUACUUUCUGCCCCCUCUUCUUUCUCUUGCUUUCUCCUUCUUUUGGUUUUGUGUCUCUCGUCUUUCUCUCUCUCUCUCUCUUUCUCUAGAUUGUUUACAUAUGAAGGGCUCUUCUCUCUCAGAGUUACUCUCUGAGAUAUACAAAUCUAAGUCAGACCAUCACAUCCACACCCUCCUAUCUUUCCUAGGGAUCAAAACUUCUAUAGGGAAGAGAUGGGGUGGGCACUGAGGGUAAGGGAGGGCAUAAUGUGGAGGUAUGUGAAACUCUCCCACCAGCAAGGUGGAGAGGGGAUGUGGAGAAGGGGUGACUGACCGCAGGAUUGGGGCACCAGCAACGCUGCUAUGAAGUCAUCCCCUAUGUUUCUGCCUCUCUAUCCCAGACUUCCUGCUUGGAGAUUUUUAGCAUUACUCCAGGCUGAGAAGGGGGUAACCAACACUUACCCCACCUCCCUAGGAAAUUAUGGAGACCAGCAGGAUGAGAAUAGAGAUGGAGUAUAAGAGGGGCAUCUCUUACCCUGUGGAAAGUUAAUCAAAUGGUUCCUGCCUAACUUUGUCCUCCCCUUAGGCAGAGAUCAGGAAGAGAGAGCAGGGUGCCUCUUGUUCUCCCCUCCUCAGCCCCAGGGGAGGUAGACAAUUAGCAGAAUAAAACCACCUGAAAAUCUAUCCCUUUUCUACCAAACCUUCACAUACCCCCUUUCUCUCUGUCCACUCUCCUUCAUUCCCCCCUUCCCACCCCCAGCCCCCAUCUAUACAUGGUCUGGACUUGUUUGUGGCCUUGAUAAUGUUAUAGAGGGGCAGAGGGAGGCAUUCCUACUAUACGGGGUUAGGGAAACCUCUGCCAGUGCUCCAUUACCCAUGGGGUGGGAGUCGAGAAAGACUUCUGGGAGACAGAUUUGGAUAGAAGAUGGAGAUGUUGAAGGGCAGCAAAAUUGAGCCACUCCCAGGAAUCCCAAUUAAGGUCUGAGGACAGGGUAGAUGUCAAAGGAUAAGAAUACGGACUAGCCCUGUGACUUUAUUGCUUUAGGGAACUCCCAGAUGAGGAAACCCCCCCUACCAAUACAAGUUGGCACCUUCUCUGCAACUUAUGGUCUUAGAGAGUUGCCCAGAACAAUGAGCAAGUGGCUUGCCCAGGGUCACAUUUGCUAUUACAUCAGGUUUCCUCUCUGAGGAUCAGAAUGGGGAUCUAUCUCUUUGGGGAUAAAUCCCUUGAAGGGAAGGGGAACUCUCAUGCACAUAGAGCAGGGUGAAAGGUAGAAGUCAAAAGUCCCCUCAAAAGAGGGGUAGGGAACACCUGGUUUGCAGCUGAGCAGUCAGUUGCUCUUAUUGGCUGUUCCCCUAGACAACAGGGAACCUUAGGAAGGGGGUUGAUGUGAGGUCCCCAGGAUCUGUCCUGCACUGCUGAAGGCCUCUCCCUUCCCCUGCAUGAGGCAGAAAGACAAGCUGCCCAUUAUCCCCCUUCCCUAAAGAAUGUCCAUGCCUGGGAAUGCCCCCCUACCCUCUCUUCUUUUUUUCUGGCCAGGCUAUUUUCUACCUGGCCCACUUCCUUCCCCUCUAAGACUUUACUUCAAAUUUCUACUUCGUGGAUUUGGGAUUGAAGUCAAACAUCUCGGCUCACACCAAGUCUUGCAGGAAAAAUAAAAUAAAUUUAACAAAAAAAUAUAUUAAUAAAAAAGUUUUAAAAA